AUGAACUGCUUGUCUCAUGCACGUUCAUACAUUUCAUUGGGACUGCUUAAGAGAUCCAGCUAUGUCAGUUCCCACAUUCCGUGGAAUCAAUGCUUCUAUAUGCCUUCAAAAUCCUGUUUAAAGCCUGUAGGUUUGACUGCACUUGGACUGUCUAGGGCUCAUUGUUAUUCCUCGAGAUCAAAGGCUGCUAAAACAAAGAUGUCAACCGCUGUUUCUGUCACGGAUAAAGAGAAGGACGCCUUUUUCCUUGUUCGGAAAGGUGACGUUAUUGGAAUUUAUAAGGAUUUGAGUGAUUGUCAAGCUCAAGUUGGAUCUUCGGUAUUUGAUCCUCCGGUUAGUGUUUAUAAGGGAUACUCGUUGCCUAAAGAGGCAGAGGAAUAUCUUUCUUCUGUUGGGCUCAAGAAACCACUCUUCAGUUUUAGAGCUUCAGACUUAAAAGAGGAUUUGUUUGGCGCUCUCACACCUUGUCUUUUCCAGGAUCAACUUUGUUCAGCAUCGACGUCAGUUGAAGCUCUUGGAAAGCUCCCUAAGCUGGAGCCAUCUGCUGAUACAUCAGGCAUUACUUGCAUUGUUGAGUUUGAUGGUGCAUCAAAGGGAAAUCCCGGCCUCGCUGGUGCAGCAGCUGUACUGAAAACUGAGGACGGAAGCGUGAUUUGUAAAGUGCGUCAAGGUUUGGGAAUUGCCACAAACAAUGCAGCAGAGUAUCACGCGUUAAUCCUAGGAUUGAGGCAUGCUAUUGAGAAAGGUUACAAGAAAAUUAAAGUGAAAGGUGACUCCAAGCUGGUCUGUCUGCAGAUUAAAGGUCAAUGGAAGGUAAACCACGAGGUACUUGCGAAGCUCCAUAAAGAAGCAAAACAACUUAGCAGCAAAUGUAUCUCUUUCGAGAUCAGUCACGUAUUAAGGAAUCUAAACUCUGAUGCUGAUGAACAAGCAAAUUUGGCUGUCCGUCUUUCCGAAGGAGAAGUUGAAGUGGCGUGA